AAAGUAAGAGAGAGAAAGCCUGACGAGGAGAAAGAAAGAGAAGAUUUGUAAGCUUUGACCAUCAAUGGAGUUUACACUGACAGUUGAGCCUGCGGUAGUUUCAUUGAAACUUUUGCACCUGUAAACAUGAAGAAGUAAUCACAGAACUUUUAUCUGAGGUAGUUUCUCUUUUAAUUGUGGCUUUCUGGAAACAUAUAUAAAGAUGUCUAAAGUUAAAGUGACAUUUUCUAACAAGCUGACGGAAUCUGAUCCACUUGUAAAUCCAGUAAUAAUCAUCGGAAAACUUGAGAACCUUAAACAAGUUCCCUACAAUGUCAUCAAAGCCAAGCUGGAGCCCAGAGUUUCUGAAGAGGUUUAUCAAUCAGCAUUAACAUGUAUGCAGCCUUCACCAACUGAUGUAUGUUCAUUAUAUUUGAACAUGGCCACACUAGCAGCCUUACCAAAGCGCUGUGCAAGGCACAAUGCGCCAUCGCAUGCUAAUUUCAUCACUAAGCUGGUGCGAUCAACAUGUUUGGGUGUUGAUGAAUAUGUUGUGAUUGUUUGUGAAAGGCAAGAUGUUCUUGCAUCAGCAUGUGCUGUGGCACGGGCGUACCCUAUCUAUUCACGGAAAACUUUGAAGCCAGCCAGCACAUCAAAUGGUACUGGAGGUGGGAAUUCGGGCAUGCCAACAUCAGCCACUGUACGUGUGGAAUUUAUUCUUGUGGAUGGAGGUAAAGAAGAUGCUCAAACAUUAUCUGAGAAUGAUCUUCUUUGUCUUGAGGAGAUUGGUACCAGUGUGAGGACUGUUGCUCGUAUAGUUGAUACACCUUGCAGUGAAAUGAAUGUAAAAGACUUUACUCAGGAAAUUCAACAAGUUGCAACUGAACUUGGAGUUGCUUGUUCUGUAGUAGAAGGAGAGGAACUUAAAGAAAAGGGUUUUGGUGGUCUAUAUGGAGUAGGGAAAGCAGCCACUGUUCCUCCUGCUUUAGUAACACUGUCAUACACUCCUCCUAAUGCAACACAAACUAUAGCAUGGGUUGGUAAAGGUAUUGUUUAUGACACUGGUGGUCUGAGUAUUAAAGGCAAGACUGCCAUGCCAGGGAUGAAACGUGAUUGUGGUGGUGCUGCUGCUAUUCUGGGAGCUUUCCGAGCUGCCGUCAAACUAGGCUUUUCAGAAAACCUUCAUGCCGUGUUCUGUUUGGCAGAAAAUGCCAUUGGUCCCAAUGCCACUCGACCUGAUGAUAUUUUGACUUUAUAUUCUGGCAGAACUGUUGAAAUUAACAACACUGAUGCUGAGGGGAGGUUAGUCCUUGCAGAUGGAGUUGCAUUUGCUCAGAAAGACCUUAAAGCCAAUGUUAUUUUGGAUAUGGCAACCCUCACAGGAGCCCAGGCUAUUGCCACUGGACGUUAUCAUGCAGCUGUCCUCACAAACAGGGAAGAGUGGGAGGAGUACUGCUUACAAGCAGGAAAGACAAGCGGGGACCUCACUUUCCCAAUACCCUUCUGCCCUGAAUUACACCUGCCUGAAUUUUCAUCUGCUUUUGCUGACAUGAAGAAUUCUGUGGCGGAUCGAGGCAAUGCUCAAUCAUCAUGUGCAGGGCUAUUUAUAUUUGCCCAGCUGGGAGUUGAUUUCCCAGGAUCAUGGAUCCAUGUAGACAUGGCAAGCCCUUGUCACUGCGGAGAAAGAGCUACUGGAUAUGGUGUUGCUCUGCUUGUGACACUGUUUGGAAACUAUUCUUCACAGCCAUUUUUACAAAAAAUGUCAUCCCUUUCCUUUGAUGAGGUGUUUGAGAAAUUUGAAACUUGCAAGAAGUUUAAACGAAGCUAAAAACACAGAUCUGCCAAGGUGACAUUCAAUAUUCUUACAAAUGGGAGUAAUCUGUUCUAACCAGUAAUAUAACUGAUCAAUUUCAAUACUCCUUUUAUAAUCUUUGCAAGUAAUCUUCAUAAAUAUGCUCAUAAGAAUACAUCAAGGUAAAAAUAAAGUUCUUCAACUAAUUUGUUA